CGCGUGAGGAGCGGCGGAACCAUGGCUGGGACACCGGGACCGGGACAGCGGCAGAAACCGGUCCGGGGACCGCGACAGAAACUGAGAUCGGGACCGAAACAGAGACAGAGACCGGGACCGAAACAGGGACAGAGACCGGGACCGGGACAGAAAGCGGGAGCAGGAUCGGAACAUGGACCGGCUGUCCCGCUGCGCAGCAGGAAGGAGAAGAAGGACAAUAUGAAGCCCAAACACCCUGACGAGCAGGAGAUCCCGUUCCGUCUGCGGGAGCUCAUGCGGAGCCGCGAGGCCCUGAAGCGCCCAGAUGCUGGGAAGAGGCGGGUGGCAGAGAAGAAGCAGCAGCAGGAAUCCAAAGGCCCCAAGGCCCCAGGGGACAACCCUGUGCCCAAGUUCCGGAGGGGCAAGGGGGAGUCAGAGCGUUCCUACAUCUGCCGCAUGGAGCAGGAGGUGCAGCGCAUCCGCUUCCUCACGGAGAAUCAGCUCCAGCGGGAGCCUGAGAAGGAGGCGACGGCUCCAGAGAAGUCCAAAAGGAAAAAAGAGUUUCAGAAAAGGAAGCUGGAAAAAGCUCGGAAGAGGAAGGAGGAGAAGAAAGAGGCCAUGCUGGAGAAGAGCCUGUUCCAAGACACGGUGCCGUUCGGAGAGGUGGUAACACAGCCACCCACCAUCACCUCACGGCCCAGGGGACGGGGUCCUGCUGAGCAGCUGGCUCAUCUCUGCCUGCAGGCUGGACGGAAGCAGCUCCUCCUGUCGCCUCGCCUGGGCCAGAGCCAGGAGUUCCCCGUGUCCCCUGUGUCCCCGGUGAUGUCGAUGGCUCGCCAGCGCAUCCUGGAGGAGGAGCGGACUCGCGUCAUCCAGGCCUACAGGGACAUCCAGAGGCGCAAACAGCUGGAGCGGGAGCGUGCCCGGGCCGGUCCGGGCUGAGGAUCUUGGGAUUCGAGAGGGACAUUGCCCUGACGCUCUUGUGUCACUGCUGAGACCUGGGGCUUGCCACAGCUCCACACUCCAUGUCUCAGCACUGGAGAGGGGUCCCUGUGGUGCCACGGAGCUGCUUGGAGUAAAAAGUGCC